CAUUUUGCAGUAGUAAUCGAUUUCCGAAAUGGCUCUUGUUCAAUCCAGAACUCUUCCACACCUCAACCUCCCGUUGUCGCCUAUUCUAUCCUCCCUCCAUGCUCCGGCUUCUCUCUUUCUCCGGAGGGAAAUCCGACCGGUAGCCUCGCCGUUCUCCUCCUCCACCGCCGGAAACUUGCCCUUCUCGCCGUUGACGCGUCCGCGGAAGCUUCUCUGUCCUCCGCCUCGCGGCAAGUUUGUCAGAGAAGAUUAUCUUGUGAAGAAAUUGUCAGCUCAAGAACUUCAAGAACUGGUGAAAGGAGAUAGGAAGGUGCCCUUGAUUGUUGAUUUUUAUGCGACAUGGUGCGGACCUUGUAUCUUGAUGGCCCAGGAACUAGAAAUGCUUGCAGUAGAGUAUGAGAGCAAUGCAAUAAUCGUGAAAGUCGAUACAGAUGAUGAGUACGAGUUUGCACGCGACAUGCAGGUUCGAGGCUUACCUACAUUAUUCUUCAUCAGUCCUGAUCCAAGCAAAGAUGCAAUCAGGACAGAAGGGCUAAUUCCAUUACAGAUGAUGCACGAUAUCAUUGACAACGAGAUAUCCAUAUCUUCUCCACUUGACACUAGUUCACGAUCUGCGGUUCUCGAUCCCAAAACGAAGCUGGUUAUCGAUUUAGAAGCCAUGGAAAGCAAACUCACAUCAGUAGAUGCGAUCGAAGAACACAGCAGCAGUAGUAGCAGUAAUGAAGGUAUCAGCAACGAGAAGAAGAGUUGUGCCAUUUGUGGUACUAGCAAAACCCCUCUUUGGCGAGGUGGUCCCGCCGGUCCCAAGUCGCUAUGUAACGCAUGCGGGAUCAGAAACAGGAAGAAGAGAAGAACACUGAUCUCAAAUAGAUCAGAAGAUAAGAAGAAGAAGAAUCAAAACAGAAAUCCAAAGUUCGGUGACUCGUUGAAGCAGAGAUUAAUGGAAUUGGGGAGAGAAGUGAUGAUGCAGCGAUCAACGGCUGAGAAUCAACGGCGGAAGAAGCUCGGCGAAGAAGAGCAAGCCGCUGUGUUACUCAUGGCUCUCUCUUAUGCUUCUUCCGUUUAUGCUUAACGAAUUUUCUGGAUCUUAAUCUUAAGUUUUAAGGUGAGAUAAUAAUAAUUAAUUUUGUAGGAUAUGUAACGAAUUAAUGUGUAAUUUUUUGUAUGUGUUUUGUUGUGUUGUUUGAAUUAACUAAAUUUUGAAAU